UUCUCCUGAAGCGUUCUCCUUCUGCUCCUGCCGACAACCAGGCACCCUCCACACCACACCCAUGGCCUGCAACAACAUCUGCCAACCCUGCGGACCCACCCCGCUGGCCAACAGCUGCAACGAGCCCUGUGCCCUGCAAUGCCAGGAUUCCCGCGUUGUUAUCCAGCCUUCCCCUGUGCUGGUCACCCUGCCAGGACCCAUCAUGAGCUCCUUCCCCCAGAACACCGCCGUUGGAUCCACCUCCUCGGCUGCCGUGGGCACUGAGCUCAGUGUGCAGGGACAGCCCAUCUCUGGUGGAUUUGGUGGCUUUGGCCUUGGCUAUGGCCGUGGAUUUGGCUAUGGCCUGGGAGGCCUGGGCUGCUAUGGCAGGAGGGGCUAUGGCUCCAUCUGCUAAGGGCUCUCAGCACCACCCCUGACACCACCAACUCUGGGCUCUGGCAACAGCUCCUGCAAGCAAAGCAUCUCAGCUGAUGUUUGUCCUGCUUGCAGCUCACUCUGGAUCCCUUCCAUUUCAUUUUCCUGUCUCUUUGUUCUUUUGCCGCAAUAAAGUUUUUCUGCAUCAA